AUGAAUGAAGGAGAGGGCUUUGACUUCACGGACACGCACAAGCACGUCCCUUCUGAUGAGCCCCAGACGAUGAACUCUGAGCGGGGAAUCAGUUCAUCGCUCAGAGCCUUCCCGCCCCUCUUGUCUCUCCUCUUAUGUAUGACUGUCAUAUGCCAGCUUUAUCAGUAUUAUUUAAUGGGAGGACUGCAUAAAGAUGCCUAUCAAGUGAUAUUGGAUGGUGUGAAAGGUGGUACUAAGGAGAAACGUCUAGCAGCUCAGUUUAUUCCGAAAUUCUUUAAGCAUUUUCCAGAAUUGGCUGAUUCUGCUAUCAAUGCACAGUUAGACCUCUGUGAGGAUGAAGAUGUGUCAAUUCGACGUCAAGCAAUUAAAGAGCUGCCUCAGUUUGCCACUGGAGAAAAUCUUCCCCGAGUGGCAGAUAUACUAACUCAACUUUUGCAGACAGAUGACUCUGCAGAAUUUAACCUAGUGAACAAUGCCCUGUUAAGUAUAUUUAAAAUGGAUGCAAAAGGGACUUUAGGGGGGUUGUUCAGCCAAAUACUUCAAGGAGAAGACAUUGUUAGAGAACGAGCAAUUAAAUUUCUUUCUACAAAACUUAAGACUUUACCAGAUGAAGUCUUAACAAAGGAAGUCGAGGAGCUUAUACUGACUGAAUCCAAAAAGGUCCUAGAAGAUGUGACCGGUGAAGAAUUUGUUCUGUUCAUGAAGAUACUGUCAGGGUUAAAAAGCUUACAGACAGUGAGUGGAAGACAACAGCUUGUAGAGUUGGUGGCUGAACAGGCUGACCUGGAACAGACCUUCAAUCCCUCGGAUCCCGACUGUGUAUUAAAAUUGUUGGCGGAGAUGAGUUCAUUUUGUGGUGACAUGGAGAAACUAGAAACAAAUUUAAGGAAACUAUUUGAUAAGUUAUUGGAAUACAUGCCUCUCCCUCCAGAGGAAGCAGAAAAUGGGGAGAAUGCUGGUAAUGAAGAACCCAAGCUGCAGUUCAGUUAUGUAGAAUGUUUGUUGUACAGCUUUCACCAGUUAGGCCGAAAACUUCCAGACUUCUUAACAGCCAAGCUGAAUGCAGAAAAGCUCAAGGAUUUCAAAAUAAGGCUGCAAUAUUUUGCCCGGGGCCUGCAAGUUUAUAUUAGACAACUUCGCUUGGCUCUCCAGGGUAAAACAGGCGAGGCCUUAAAAACAGAAGAGAACAAGAUUAAAGUUGUUGCAUUGAAAAUAACAAACAAUAUCAAUGUUUUAAUCAAGGAUCUCUUCCAUAUCCCUCCUUCUUAUAAGAGCACAGUAACACUGUCCUGGAAGCCUGUACAGAAGGUUGAAAUGGGGCAAAAGAGAGCCAAUGAAGACACAACUUCAGGUUCACCACCCAAGAAAUCUCCAUCAGGACCAAAAAGGGAUGCCAGGCAGAUUUAUAAUCCUCCCAGUGGAAAAUAUAGCAGCAAUUUGAGCAACUUUAGUUAUGAGCAGAGAGGAGCCUUCAGGGGAAGUAGAGGUGGCCGAGGUUGGGGUGCACGAGGAAAUCGUAGUCGGGGAAGACUCUACUGAAUAAGACAUCACAUUCUUCAACAUUGUCGUGAGCUUAAUAUACUUAAAUUCUACUACUCAUUGGAUUGCCGGGGAUGUCCCUUUAAACGGACUGCUGCCUUCAGCUAAAAACUUAAUGUUCUUUAUACCUUUGUAUGUAUGAUCUACUUUUGUAACAGACCAUGGUUGUGUCCAAGGUAAAACCACAGCGAUAUUUUUGGAUGCUUUAUCUGCAGUCUUUACUUGUUUUUGCAAUGUCAUCAUUAUUCAGAAUUCAUCUUGUGAAUCUGUUUCUUUUAAGCAUCUUGUUAAUUUGUUAUCGAGAGCUCUCCAAGUCUAAAAUGUAGUGAAAUUCAGUCUCGUUCUGCUAACUGAUAAAGAUCAUCAGUUUAGAAAGGUUACUGAUUUUCCUCUCCCUUCUUAGUUUUUUGCCCAAUAUAUGGAGAAGAGUAACAGUCAAUCUUAACGUUUUGUUUGUGUUGUUUUUUAAUAAAACUGCUAGACAAUGGUGCAGCAUUCCUACCUAGUGUCAUAAAAGCAAAAUACUUACCAGCUUUCUUUAAAUGCAGGAAUUGGACAUCACAGUUUUAGGAGGAAGUAAGUGGCUUUGCAUUGCUUACUUAACUCUUCCAUAUAUUGUGAUACAAACUUUUGAAUAUGGGAACUUAUUAUUUGAAUAGAAAUGUGUAUGUAUAAUAUACAUACAUACAUAAGCAUAUACGUGUGUGUGUAUAUAUAUGCAUGCUGUGAAACUUGACUGCACAACAUAGAUCAUUUUUUAAAAUUCCACGAACGAUAGUCUUUGACACAUGAUUAUCCUUUUGAGGCUGAAUCCGUUAUUGGCUUGUCAUCUAGGUUUUCACUCCCAGUAGUGGGAGAUUUUGAGUCAGUUGCACUUACAUGAUUAUUGUUAUUUAAAACUAAAAAUAAACAAAGGCUGCAUUUUCAGAGAUAAAUUUGGAGAUUGCUAUUGGUGAAAUACAGCCAGUAUAUUGAGUCUGAUGUACAUAUAUCUUUCUAUAGGGUGAGAUAGUACAAUUUAGAAUUUGGAGAUGUAAUAACCAGGGCUACCCAGAAAAAGUGACUUGAUAACAUGCUACCAAUAAGUAAGGGAUGCUCUCUCGGUUUGCUUUUGCCACUUUCAAGAUUUUAACUUCUCAGGUUAUUAAUCAGAAUUAUUGUAUAAGUUAGCCAAUAGAAUCUUUAGGUUAAAACAACAGAUGGGGGGUUUGUGGAGUGUUUAAUGUCAUGGGCAUUUUUAGUAGCAUAGACCCUUUGCUCUGUAUUUGAAUGUUUCAUGUAUUUUUGUUUCACAGUUAAUCUCCCCUCCCCAGGUUUGCUAUUCAAAUCAAAUGCCUGAUGACAUCUUUAGUAGUUUGAUGUAUUUUUUGAAGGAUAGUUUGUGAUUUCAAUGCAGGUGUCUUCAUUACUGUUACCUCUACACUGGGAAAAUAGCAAAACUCCCGUGUUAGAAUUACUGCACAUGUUUAUGGGGAAAGUAUUUCUAAAAGGCUAGAGUGAUACACAUCAGCAAAGUAAGUUGGUCACCUUGACUACAGAGUGGUGGCAAUAAUUUCUAAACAUUCCAAAAGACUGUAAGCUGAACAUAAACUCCCUUGGAAUCUAAACAGACAUAGGAACUUGGAAUUGCCAUUUCGAAUCUGUAACCAGCUAGUCUGGACCUCAGAUAGAUCAGCCAGUGCCCUAAAGCCAUUUCAAAUGCAGAAACUGUCUUGGAACAUAUUUGAACAUGAAGUGUAAUUUUUCCACUUUUUAUUUUUGUCAACAUAUUUGUCAACUCAGAGUUGAACAGAAGUGACUUUCCUUUCUUCAGUUUGAUACUGAGUUGACUUCUCUUUCCUCACCACCUCACUCUUCCCUUUCCCUUUCCUAAGGCAACAGUGCACAACUUAGGUUUCUUUUGCUUCCAGAAUUUGAAUGAAAGACUUCAUGCCAUGGAUUUUUUUCUGUUGCAGGACACCUGUUUAUCACCUUGUUUAAAUGUAAAUGUUCCCUUAUGCUUUUGAAAUAAAUUUCCUUUUGUAAUUUU